GGCGGCCUCUCGCUUGUGAAAAGCGCCCCUGAGCCUGGCGUCAGGCGCACACCCGCCUCCCCCGGGCGGUGGAAAUGCCCCGAUCGGAGGACGCGAUCGAUGAGAAACCGUCCAAUUACUAGAAAUCAUCGAAGUUAGAAAAAUACUCUUUCCGUAGAAGCUUUGCUGAGGUCUAGCUCACAUGCCGUCCCACCCCUCCAGGAAGGAGGCAGCUCAGGCAAUAGGAUCAGAAAGCUUCAAGGUCAGGAACCCAUUGUGGGUCAAGGGACCCCUGACCAGAAGCCUGUCUCUGGAGGACCCCAGCAGAGGCACAAGAGCCACAGGAGAGAGCAGGUCCUCGAGUGGCUGUUUAUGUCCCAGGAGCAACUGAAAACCAGCGAGUCCCAGGGACCGCUGUCAUUCAUGGAUGUGUUUGUGCACUUUACCUGGGAAGAGUGGCGGAUGCUGGACCCAGCUCAGAAGCAUCUGUACAGGACUGUGAUGCUGGAAAACUAUAGCAACUUGGUGUCCCUGGGGUACCAGCACACCAAGCCUGAUGUCAUCCUCCAGUUGGAACAAGAAGAGCUGUGGACGACGCAGGGCCAGCUUCCAAACCAAGGCCAUCCAGACAGAGUCUGGGAAAUUGAUAAUCACAAGCAAUGGUAUCAGGAAAAUCAAGGCAAGCUGGGAAGUAUGGCAAAAUACUGUGAGUGUACUGCAUUUGGAAAACUGUGUCUUCUUACUACAAAUUCUGUUUCUUCAAGACAAAAGCUUUAUAAAUUUGGCACACAUGGGAAGAGUUUGAAAUAUAUAAACUUCGAUAGUAAUUAUGCUGGAAAGAAUGCUAAUGGAUUUUAUGCACAACGGGAAUCAUUCCUUCAUUCUGACCAUGAACAAACUCUUUUUGGAUUAAAAUACUAUGAAAGUAAUGAAUCUGGAAAAAUUGUAAACAAGAAGUCACAACUCAUGUGCCAACAAAUCUAUUUGGGAGGAAAGCCCUUUGAAUGCAGUUACUGUAGGAAAGUCUUCAGCAGUAAGUCAUACCUUGUAGUGCAUCAGCGAACUCAUGCAGAGGAGAAGCCCUACAAACGUGAUGGAUGUGAAAAAGACUUCCACAGCAGGUCCCACCUCAUUGAACAUCAGAGAAGUCAUAUGGGAGAGAAAUUAUAUGAAUGUAGUGAAUGUGGGAAAACUUUCCAUUUCAAUUCACAACUCCUUAUACAUCAGACAAUUCACACAGGUGAGACUCCUUAUCAGUGCUGUGAAUGUGGAAAAGUUUUCAUUAGGAAAGACCAGCUUGUUUCUCACCAGAGAACUCAUUUAGGACAGAAACCUUAUGGUUGUAAUGAAUGUGGGAAAGCUUUUUCGUUGAACUCACAGCUCAUUAUACAUCAAAGAAUUCAUACAGGAGAGAAACCCUAUGAAUGCAGUGAAUGUCGGAAAGCCUUUAAUACAAAGUCAAACCUUCUGGUACAUCAGCGAACCCAUACAGGGGAGAAACCAUAUGGUUGUAGUGAGUGUGGGAAAGCUUUUACUUUCAAGUCACAGCUCAUUGUCCAUCAGGGGCUUCACACAGGAAUAAAGCAUUUUGGGUGCAUUCAGUGUGGGAAAGCUUUCAGUUUGAAGUCACAGCUUAUUGUACAUCAGAGAAGUCACACAGGAAUGAAACCUUAUGUAUGCAAUGAAUGUGACAAAGCCUUUAUGAGCAAGUCAUACCUCAUUAUACACAUGAGGACUCAUACAGGAGAGAAACUUCAUGAAUGCAGUGACUGUGGGAAAUCUUUCAGUUUUAAUUCACAACUCAUUAUACAUCAGAGGAUUCACACAGGAGAGAGCCCAUAUGAAUGCCAUGAAUGUGGGAAAGUUUUCAAUCGUAAGUAUCAGCUCAUUUCACACCAGAGAACUCAUGCAGGGGAGAAGCCCUAUGAAUGCAGUGACUGUGGAAAAACUUUUGGUUUGAAGUCACAGCUUGUUAUACAUCAAAGAAUUCAUACAGGAGAGAAACCCUUUGAAUGCAGUGAAUGUCAGAAAGCCUUUACUACUAAGUCAAACCUUAUCGUACAUCAGAGAAUCCAUACAGGGGAGAAACCCUAUGGUUGUAGUGAAUGUGGGAAAGUCUUUACCUUCAAGUCACAGCUCAUUGUACAUCAGGGAACGCACACUGGGGUAAAACCCUAUGGAUGUAACCAGUGUGGAAAAGCCUUUAGUUUGAAGUCACAGCUCAUUGUACACCAGAGAAGUCACACAGGUUUAAAACCCUAUGGAUGCAGUGAAUGUGGGAAAGCUUUCAGGAGCAAGUCAUACCUCAUUAUACACAUGAGGACUCAUACAGGAGAGAAACCACAUGAAUGCAAUGAAUGUGGGAAAUCCUUCAGUUUCAAUUCGCAACUCAUUGUACAUCGGAGAAUUCACACAGGAGAAAACCCCUAUGAAUGCGGUGACUGUGGGAAAGCUUUUAAUAGGAAAGAUCAGCUCAUUUCACAUCAGAGAACUCAUGCAGGGGAAAAACCUUACGGGUGCAGCGAAUGUGGCAAAGCCUUUAGUAGCAAGUCAUACCUCGUUAUACACAUGAGAACGCAUUCAGGAGAAAAACCAUAUGAAUGUAAUGAAUGUGGGAAAGCCUUCAUUUGGAAGUCACUACUCACUGUACAUGAACGAAGUCAUGCAGGGGAAAACCCUUAUAAAUGCAGUCAAUGUGAGAAAUCCUUCAGUGGAAAAUUACGGCUCAUUGUACAUCAGAGAAUGCAUGCAAAAGAGAAACCGUAUGAAUGCAGUGAAUGUGAAAAAGCCUUCAUUAGGAAAUCUCAACUCAUUGUACAUCACAGAACUCAUUCAGGGGAGAAACCCUAUGGAUGUGAUGAGUGUGGAAAAACCUUCUCUCAGAAAUCAAUUCUCAGUGCACAUCAGAGGACACACACAGGGGAGAAACCCUGUAAGUGCACUGAAUGUGGGAAAGCCUUUUGUUGGAAGUCACAGCUCAUUAUGCAUCAGAGAACUCAUGCAAAUGAGAAACAUAUUGAUGAAUUAAAAGCAAAACUUUCUCUUAAAAGUCAAUUCACAGGAAAUACCAGCAAAUUCAUGUAGAAGAGAAACUAUAAGUGAAGCCAUCCCAUGCACCAGAAAACUUAUACUGAAUGGAAACCUUAUGAAGAUACAGCAUGUGAAAUGGCAUGCACAGAAAGCUGUUUUUACAUGUAAAAAACAGUAUAUGCACACAUGAACUCCAUGAAUUUGAUGAACCCUAUGAAACUUUUUAGCUGUAAGUCAUACCUUUUUGCAAGUUUAUACAGGUGAAGAGCCAUGUGAAUGAAAUGAAUGUUGGAAAGCCAGUGUUUAAACAUGAUAAAAUUCUCAGAGGAAAUUCCAUAAAUUAAUAUAGAAUACACUCCUUUGAAAUUCAUAGUUUAUUAAACAUUAGGAUUUUAAUUAUAGAAAAGUUCUGCUCUGCAUUGCAAUAUUCUUAACAUGCAAAUGUAUACUAGAAUAAAAUGACUUAAUAAAAAUGCAUUUUAAUAAUAGAAA